ACUUUCCUGACACGACAGGCAUUCGCUAAGACAUUCAAGACAACUCCCGAUGACUUGGAUUUGCACGUCAUAUACGAUGUCUCGCAUAAUAUCGCGAAAGUAGAGCAGCAUUUGGUCGACGGAAAGCUUAAGACUUUGUUAGUUCAUCGCAAAGGCGCGACGCGAGCCUUCCCUCCACACCAUCCUCUCAUUCCUGUCGAUUAUCAGCUGACUGGCCAACCCGUACUAAUUGGUGGAACGAUGGGAACGUGUAGUUAUGUUUUGACUGGAACUGAGACCGGAAUGAAGGAGACAUUCGGGACCACAUGUCACGGCGCCGGUAGAGCCCUAUCGCGGUCUAAAUCGCGUCGUAAUCUGGACUAUAAGGAUGUUUUGGAAGACUUGGCAAAGAAAGGCAUAUCGAUUAGAGUGGCGUCACCUAAACUCGUGAUGGAAGAGGCGCCCGAAUCUUACAAGAAUGUCACGGAUGUGACAACAGGUCUGACAGGACUUCUUGUGUCCCGAACUCCACAUUACACUUUGACAAAAACUUAUAACAAAAUACUGAAGAAUUUGCGAAAAAUGCCCGAAGAAUACGCGUAUAAGAGAUAUACCGUUCAGACCAUCAAUGAUAGACUCGCUGUCGUCCAGAAGGAAAAAGAGAUUCCUGUGAUUGAGGAGAAGAUCGGCUGCGGAUGUGUUGAGGAAUUGAUAGUUCAGGCGGAGAACGAGUUAUUGCUUACGAAGAGACUGUUGGACACCAAAGCCUGGGAACCAUUGGUGGCAAAAGCGCCUCAAAACCAAUGGAAAUGGCCUAUCAUUUGAUUCAUUCAUUUCGUUGUUUUAUUCAUUAAAAUACG